GACUAGAGAGGAGGGAUGAGAUGUGACGGCAGGUAUCUGUGUUCCAGGUACUAUGCUGCGUUGAAGACCAUGGAGCAGCUGGAGAAGGUGUACAUCCCUCGGGUCAGCCGCUACCGUUUCUGUCAGAUCAUGGCUGAGAACCUGCCCAAGCUCAGAGAGGACAUUAAGGACAUCUCCAUGUCCGACCUCAAGGACUUCCUGGAGAGCAUCAGGAAACACUCGGACAAGAUCGGAGAGACCGCCAUGAAACAGGCUCAGCAGCACAGGACGUUUAACAGUGUGGUUCAGAAGCAUGACAGCGGUAUGGGCUACACCAGGCCAGUCUACUCUCUGAACGGCCGGACGCCAACGCAGCACAACGGCCUAGCGGCGGAGGAGGGAGUAGACCAACCAGAGGAGGAGGGAGUGGAGGAGGACCAAUCAGAGGAGGAGGUAUUAACAGCCCAGGACCUGGUGGACUUCUCUCCUGUUUACAGAUGUCUCCACAUCUACACCGUUCUGGGUGACAGAGAGACGUUUGAGAACUACUACAGGAAACAGAGGAAAAAACAGGCCAGGCUGGUGCUGCAGCCCCAGUCUAAUAUGCAGGAGACCGUGGAGGGUUACCGGCGCUACUUCAACCAGAUCGUAGGCUUCUUCCUGGUGGAGGACCACGUUCUGCACUCCACACAGGGACUGUUGACCAGAGCCUUUACUGAUGAACUGUGGAACAUGGCCCUGUCUAAGAUCACUGCCGUGCUCCGCACACACUCUUCGUACUGCAGUGAUCCUGACCUGGUGCUGCAGCUGAAGAACCUCAUUGUCAUAUUUGCAGACACAUUACAGGGUUAUGGCUACCCAGUGAACAGACUGUUUGACCUGCUGUUUGAGAUCAGAGACCAGUACAAUGAAACUUUGCUGAAGAAAUGGGCUCUGGUGUUCAGGGAGAUCUUUGAACUGGACAACUACAGCCCUAUCCCCGUAGAGACUGAAGAAGAGUACAAGUCUGUCGUUAGUAGAUUCCCCUUCCACGACGCAGAAAUUGAAAAGGUGUGUCCUUCAUUCAACACCCUUUAUUCAAGGAUGUCUCAGUCUGUGCCUCUACUCAGGUCAAAGGUUCCCUACGCCAGUCUGAAGUUAAUAGUCACUGCUCGCAGCUGGACGGAGAUCGACGACAUGCUCCGUAAAUCCACCAACCUGUUGUUGACGAGGACACUGAGUGGCUGUCUACAGAACCUCAUCAAGAAACCCCAUAUAGGACUAACUGAGUUGGUCCAGAUCAUCAUUAACACAACCCACCUGGAGCAGGCCUGUAAAUACCUGGAGGACUUCAUCACCAACAUCACCAACGUCUCACCUGAGACCGUGCACACCACGCGGCUCUACGGACUUUCCACCUUUAAGGAUGCACGCCAUGCAGCAGAGGGAGAGAUCUACACCAAACUGAACCAGAAGAUAGAUGAGUUUAUCCAGCUGGCAGACUAUGAUUGGGGCAUGCCGGAGUCGGACGGCCAGGCCAGUGGAUACCUCAUGGACCUCAUCAACUUCCUCCGCAGCACCUUCCAGGUCUUCACACACCUGCCGAAUAACUGCAAUGACCAUGCUGCCAUGUCGGGUAAAGUGGCCCAGACAGCCUGUAUGUCAGCAUGUAAGCACUUGUCCACGUCCCUGAUGCAGAUGCUGUUGGACAGCGAGCUGAAACAGAUCAGUAUGGGAGCCGUUCAGCAGUUCAACCUGGACGUUAUACAGUGUGAAUUGUUCGCCAGCUCAGAGCCUGUCCCAGGAUUCCAGGGAGACACUUUACAACUGGCGUUCAUCGACCUCCGACAGCUGCUGGACCUGUUCAUGGUGUGGGACUGGUCUACGUACCUGGCUGACUACGGACAGCCCACCUCCAAGUACCUUCGGGUCAACCCCUCCACGGCACUAGCACUUUUGGAAAAAAUGAAGGACACCAGUAAGAAGAACAACAUAUUUUCUCAGUUCAGGAAGAAUGACCGAGACAAACAGAAGCUGAUUGAGACGGUGGUGAAACAGCUGAGGAGCCUGGUCAAUGGGAUGUCUCAACACUCCUAGAACACACACACAGAUGGACACACAGACAGACAGAGACACACAGAUGGACACACAGACAGACAGAUGGACACACAGACAGACAGAGACACACAGGUGGACACACAGACAGACAGAUGGACACACAGAUGGACACACAGAUGGACAGAGACACACAGACAGACAGAGACACACAGAUGGACACACAGACAGACAGAGACACACAGAUGGACACACAGACAGACAUGGACACACAGAUAGACAGAGACACACACACACACACAUACACACACACACACAUACAGACAGACACACACACCAACCAGCCAUCACCUUUCAGUUUCACCAGAUUCCAUGCAUAGUGUAAAUAAAGAGAAGACAACACACACACACACACACACACACACACACACACACACACACACACACACACACACACACACACACACACGAGACAUCAAGCUAAAACAGUUUCUCUGUCAGGACUGAGAAAAAGAGUGAAAUGUUUGAAAUGUAUUUUUUAAAGCCUCAGAAACCUAUGUUUUGUAUAUAGUGAGAGUGCAGUGAUUUGUGUCACCACGGUGAUGUAAGGAAUGUAAAGAUGGCAUCUCGGAUGAAGACUGGACAGGAAACUGAUGUUCACUGGGUGAAGUGGCCCAGAUAGGGGACUGAGCCAUGAAGUAUAGGCUCCAAUCCCCCGAGCCCUAUCCGCCCUGCUCUAAAGUAGUGCACUAUGUAGGGAAUAGGGCCCUGGUCUAAAGUAGUGCCCUAUAUAGGGAAUAGGGCCCUGCUCUAAAGUAGUGCAUUGUAUAGGGAAUAGGGCCCUGCUCUAAAGUAGUGCACUAUAUAGGGAAUAGGGCUCUGCUCUAAAGUAGUGCACUAUGUAGGGAAUUAGGGCCCUGCUCUAAAGUAGUGCACUAUGUAGGGAAUAGGACCCUGGUCUAAAGUAGUGCCCUAUAUAGGGAAUAGGGCCCUAGUCUAAAGUAGUGCCCUAUAUAGGGAAUAGGGCCCUGCUCUAAAGUAGUGCAUUGUAUAGGGAAUAGGGCCCUGCUCUAAAGUAGUGCACUAUGUAGGGAAUAGGGCUCUGGUCUAAAGUAGUGCACUAUGUAGGGAAUAGGGUGUGAUUUGGGACACGUCCUGGAAGACCUCUACAUCGCUCCAUCAUGCAGUACUGGGUGGAGUUAGUUUCUACUGUAAAUAUAUUGGAGAAUAUUUAACACUACAGAGAAUCACGCUGGUUGGGUCACAAAUGUCGUCCUAUUUCCACUGGUCAAUGGCAGGGAUGCACUCUCUCCCUGUCUCUGUCAGUCAGCUCUCUCCCUGUCUCUCCCAGUCAUUCAGCUCUUUCCCUGUCUCUGCCAGUCAUUCAGCUCUAUCCCUGUCUCUACCAGGCAUUCAGCUCUCUCCCUGUCUCUGCCAGUCAUUCAGCUCUCUCCCUGUCUCUGCCAGUCAUUCAGCUCUCUCCCUGUCUCUGCCAGUCAUUCAGCUCUCUCCCUGUCUCUACCAGUCAUUCAGCUCUCUCCCUGUCUCUGCCAGUCAUUCAGCUCUCUCCCUAUCUCUGUCAGUCAUUCAGCUCUCUCCCUGUCUCUGCCAGUCAUUCAGCUCUAUCCCUGUCUCUGCCAGUCAUUCAGCUCUCUCCCUGUCUCUCCCUGUCUCUGCCAGUCAUUCAGCUCUCUCCCUGUCUCUCCCUGUCUCUGCCAGUCAUUCAGCUCUCUCCCUGUCUCUCCCUGUCUCUGCCAGUCAUUCAGCUCUCUCCCUGUCUCUCCCUGUCUCUGCCAGUCAUUCAGCUCUCUCCCUGUCUCUCCCUGUCUCUGCCAGUCAUUCAACUCUCUCCCUGUCUCUGCCAGUCAUUCAGCUCUCUCCCUGUCUCUACCAGUCAUUCAGCUCUCUCCCUGUCUCUGCCAAUCAUUCAGCUCUCUCCCUGUCUCUGUCAGUCAUUCAGCUCUCUCCCUGUCUCUGCCAGUCAUUCAGCUCUAUCCCUGUCUCUGCCAGUCAUUCAGCUCUCUCCCUGUCUCUCCCUGUCUCUGCCAGUCAUUCAGCUCUCUCCCUGUCUCUGCCAGUCAUUCAGCUCCCUCCCUGUCUCUCCCUGUCUCUCCCUGUCUCUGCCAGUCAUUCAGCUCUCUCCCUGUCUCUCCCUGUCUCUGCCAGUCAUUCAGCUCUCUCCCUGUCUCUCCCUGUCUCUGCCAGUCAUUCAGCUCUCUCCCUGUCUCUCCCUGUCUCUGCCAGUCAUUCAGCUCCCUCCCUGUCUCUCCCUGUCUCUCCCUGUCUCUGCCAGUCAUUCAGCUCUCUCCCUGUCUCUCCCUGUCUCUGCCAGUCAUUCAGCUCUCUCCCUGUCUCUCCCUGUCUCUGCCAGUCAUUCAGCUCCCUCCCUGUCUCUCCCUGUCUCUCCCUGUCUCUGCCAGUCAUUCAGCUCUCUCCCUGUCUCUCCCUGUCUCUGCCAGUCAUUCAACUCUCUCCCUGUCUCUACCAGUCAUUCAGCUCUCUCCCUGUCUCUCAAAAUGACCUGCAUGAACCUGGUUCCAUUGUUUAAACCCAGUACAGGACAGAGAGCUUUGUUAAUUUUACACUCAAAAUAUUAUCUUUUGACAAGAAAGACACCCAAAAUCAUGUUUUUUUUUUUUUUUGUAUCAGCCAUUAUUAGCUAAAUCAAUUUCUUGCAUCCAAAAUUCUCCUUGUUUUUGUUCCUCAGGGUAAAUGAAAGCUUUUGGUUUCAAAUGCUUUAGAUUCUACCGCUAAGACAUUUCAAACAGCAAUAAUGACCUCAUCCACCUGCAGGCUUAAAGAACGACUUCUGUCUCACAUCUGAAAUCACAUUUCAUAGUUGGAGUUAUGGGUUUUUUAAUCUGCUUUUGAACAGGCAUUUUGCCCUGAAUAGCUAUUAUUUCAGUUAGCCUUUUUUUGAGUAGGAGCUUGUAAAUUGUCCUUGUACAUACUGCAUAUUUUGUAAAGAAAGUAAGAAUGCGGGGUUUACUUCUGUUACGAAUAAAAGGAGUUUGUUGUUCUGAGAUGCAUCUCUUAAAUCUAAAAUAUGUAAAAAAUGUCAUUCGUCUUUCAAAUGAAUUAAAUUAUAACUGCUAUUAGUCAAUACA